AUGUAAAGCGCAGAGCCGCGGUGGAUGAUGGGAGAUUAUCAGCCAUUUCGCCUCAAACUCUCUUCAAGCAGCAAAAACGCGGCGCAGCGGAAUAAAACACCAGAAAGCGGCGACAGGUGAUCGUGUGUGAGAAUGGCUCGUACGAAGCAGACCGCUCGUAAGUCCACCGGAGGAAAAGCUCCUCGUAAGCAGCUGGCGACUAAAGCGGCUCGUAAGAGUGCUCCCUCUACUGGAGGAGUGAAGAAGCCCCAUCGCUACAGGCCCGGGACCGUGGCUCUGCGUGAGAUCCGCCGCUACCAGAAGUCCACCGAGCUGCUGAUCCGCAAGCUUCCCUUCCAGCGUCUGGUGCGUGAGAUCGCCCAGGACUUCAAGACCGACCUGCGCUUCCAGAGCGCCGCCAUCGGAGCCCUGCAGGAGGCCAGCGAGGCGUAUCUGGUGGGUCUGUUUGAGGACACUAACCUGUGUGCCAUCCACGCCAAGAGAGUCACCAUCAUGCCCAAAGACAUCCAGCUGGCCCGCCGCAUCCGUGGAGAACGAACGAGCUCUUGUGACGAGUCCUCGAGUGAUUUCUUGCACAAGAGUUCAAGCCCUCAGUCGUGUGUGAGAAUGGCUCGUACGAAGCAGACCGCUCGUAAGUCCACCGGAGGAAAAGCUCCUCGUAAGCAGCUGGCGACUAAAGCGGCUCGUAAGAGUGCUCCCUCUACUGGAGGAGUGAAGAAGCCCCAUCGCUACAGGCCCGGGACCGUGGCUCUGCGUGAGAUCCGCCGCUACCAGAAGUCCACCGAGCUGCUGAUCCGCAAGCUUCCCUUCCAGCGUCUGGUGCGUGAGAUCGCUCAGGACUUCAAGACCGACCUGCGCUUCCAGAGCGCCGCCAUCGGAGCCCUGCAGGAGGCCAGCGAGGCGUAUCUGGUGGGUCUGUUUGAGGACACUAACCUGUGUGCCAUCCACGCCAAGAGAGUCACCAUCAUGCCCAAAGACAUCCAGCUGGCCCGCCGCAUCCGUGGAGAACGAGCCUGAGCUCUGAGCUCUCUCUCUCUCUCUCUCUCUCUGUCUCUGUCUCUCUCUCAGUCUCUCUCUCUCUCUUGCUGUUUGUUGGUAGUUUUAGAGUUCAGUCCUGGUGGGGUGGGUGGUGUCUCUUUGUUUUUUGGCUACAGACUUUUAGGGUACUUUCUGUUUGCAUGUACCAGCCCGUGAACGACCAGUCUCUCUCUCUCUCUCUCUCUCACACACACACACACACACAGUCCAUCGAUCACAAGUCAAGGUUGAACAGGGCGGUCAGGGCUGAUGUCUGCAUUCAGGGCUUUACGUGUCUCAUGCAGGGUGCUAAAACAGCUCUGACCUGUCCCAGAAUUCCCUGCACCGUCCAUCACGAGAGUGUGUGUGUGUGAGGCUGUCGAUCAACGCGGGGUUUGUAUACGAGCAUCUCUCCAACAAAUGUUUAUUAUUGCAAUAUUAAGAAUUACUUUUAAUAAUUAUUGAUGUCUGUUUCUUUUUUUUAAUGCAUUCAUAUAAGCUUGUUUCAUAGAUCUAGAGCAUAUUUUUAAAGGGCGGAGAUUCUUAUAAAGACAUUUUUACAUCAAAUCCUGUUUAUUUUCUAAAGGAUGAGUUUGGGUUCAGUCUCAGGCAUGUGAAGGGAUGUUCAGCCUUCCUCUAUUUGGCUCCAGUGCUGGGAAUAAUGUGUUGAUCUGCAUAAAUUAGCCUGUCUGUUGAUAGGAGAAUCUGGACUUAAUUUGAACUAAAUAACUAUAUAUUGGCUUGAUACUGUUUCUGAGUUCCUCCACAAGAAUUUCCUUCAUUAAAGAGCAGUUUUCUACUCUCAUCCCUUCAGCGUCGCACGACUCCUCAGGCAGACAUGGACACAUUAUCAUUAUUUAAUCCUGCUUGAUUUGUGGGUGUUUUUGUCUCUCCUUCAUUCAGAGUUUGACUACAGAACAUUCAGGUGUUUAAAUAAACUGAUCUUUGUAAUUUGAAAUUUCUCCUAAUUGCGUAAUAAAUGGAUGUCACACA